AGUGUGGGAGAGAGGGAGGGAUAGAGGGAGGCAGAGCCCCUCUGAGAUCGGAUCGGGGCCGGGCGGCAGCGGCUGAGCCCUCUUACAGCUCCCGGCCCCGCUGUGGGUGUGCGCGUAUGCGGGAGGGGGAGAAAGAGAGGCUCCUGGUGCCCCUCCAAGCGCAUUAAGGACACUCGGGCCUUUUAAUUUUAGGAAUGAAUGCUGAUACUUGUGUUUCUUAUUGUGAUCCGGCUGCCAUGGAUUCCUACUACAACGCAGCCUCCCAGGGCGCAGACGGCUCCUCGCCUUUUAGGGCAUUUCAAGCGAGUGACAAGUUCGGCCCCGCUUUCCUGGCCGCCAAAGGACAGAGCUUCGGUGACAGCGGCGCGAAGUGCCGGAGCCGCUACAGCCCGCAGGAAUGCCCGUCCCUGGACGGCAGCGGGCAGGCGCCGGGCCCCGCCGCGCCCCCGCCCGCCUUUAGCAAAUACCCGCAGCCCCAGCAGCAGCCGCCGCACCUCUAUAUGCAGCGCGGCCCCUGCAAGACCCCACCGGAGAGCAAUCUCAAGCUGCAGGAGAGCGGCAGCCACAACGGAGCCUUGCAGGUCUCCUGUUACGGUAAGGAGAGCAGCUUGGGAGAGGCUGACUUGCAGCCCAGCGCUGACCCCUCGGGCAUGGACAGCAGCUACCUCAGCGUGAAGGAGGCUGGAGUGAAAGUCCCUCAGGACAGGGCCAACACGGACCUCCCCAGCCCCAUGGACAAGGCGGACUCGGAGAGCAACAAGGGCAAAAAACGGAGGAACCGUACCACCUUCACCAGCUACCAGCUUGAGGAGUUGGAAAAAGUCUUCCAGAAGACCCACUACCCAGAUGUGUAUGCCAGGGAGCAGCUAGCCAUGAGGACAGACCUCACUGAGGCCCGAGUACAGGUCUGGUUCCAGAACCGACGAGCCAAAUGGCGCAAGCGGGAGCGGUUUGGCCAGAUGCAGCAGGUCCGGACCCACUUCUCCACUGCCUAUGAGCUGCCUCUGCUCACCCGUGCUGAGAACUAUGCCCAGAUCCAGAACCCCUCCUGGAUUGGCAACAACGGAGCCGCCUCCCCUGUGCCCGCUUGCGUCGUCCCCUGUGAGCCGGUGCCCUCCUGCAUGUCCCCCCACGCGCAUCCCCACGCGGCUGGCGGUGUCUCCGACUUCCUCGGUGUCUCCAGUGCCGGCAGCCACGUGGGCCAGACUCACGUGGGUGGCCUCUUUGGCACAGCCGGCAUCGGCCCCGGCCUCAAUGGCUACGAGCUGAACAGCGAGCCGGACCGCAAGAGCUCCAGCAUCGCGGCCCUGCGGAUGAAGGCGAAGGAGCACAGCGCCGCGAUCUCCUGGGCGACAUGACAGGGCUGCCGUCCAGCGCCUCGGCACACCGCGAGAGCCAGUGGGGAAGCUGGGAGACCUCCAGCUGGGAUUCCAGCCAGCCCUUGCCUCCUCGGGGAUGUGAACGCAGCACUUUGAGCUACCCUAGGUGUAUAGAGGAUGUGUGUGAACGUAAGUGGCGUGUGCCCAGCACGGACAUGGGAGGUCCCAGCCUCCCGGCACUGGGUCAGGGCUGUGGGGCAGCGCUGCUGUCCCCUGCUCUGGGGGUGUCCUCUGCUAUCGCCACUGCCUCCCCGGGGACUUGGAUGCCUUUUCUCCCUGCUCCUUUUUCUGACACCAGAUCUGCCUUUCUGGAGAGCAAGAGCCCACCAGCAUCUCCAGCAGCUGCCCCGUCCCUCCACAUGUACAGCUCUACCCUGCUCAGAACCCAUCUGCCUUGCACAGGGGACAGGAUGGGGACUCUGGCACCAGCAAAGAGACUCUCUUCAGACUGCUCCUGCCUCAGGGGAGUUGUGGCUGAAUGGGGUGAGGGGAUACUCAAGGCCAGAAAGGUGGCAGUGCUAUCCUACUUCCUUCCAACCAGCAGGAGCUGAAGUACGAAGCUUAGGGGCCUCUUGUGUAGGCACUGUGCCACCACGCUGCUGUCUUUGAUGGCUCCCCAGCCAUCCAGCUCGAGAUGUGCAUAUGAAGUGAUGGCACCUUGCAGAAGUCACAUCCCCCUGAGCACUUAGAGUUUUCUCUGUUAUAGUUGUGGCUGUUGCGUCGUAGCAAAAUGUCUUCCCUGGCUUUUACAGGGCUAGGAGUCACUACCCUCUGCUCCCAAGUCCAACAGGGCCCCCAGCGAGGAACAGCUUGAGCAGAGCACUCAGCCAGGGCUGUGUGAGGGCAUCCUCACAUUGUCCCUAGCCUGCCCCAUGUAGCAAAGUCUCUUCCCAUCGCCUCUCAUUCUCUGCUUCCCCAAAGCCACCUGCCAGCACCUGCCUACACCUCCUCCAGGGCAGGGGAGGGCUGGGGAUCAAGGGUAGUGGCACUGCCCCAUCUCUGGCCACUCCAGUUCACCCUUACCUAGCAGAGUGAAGGAAACACCAGAACUUGUUCUCUCUCCUAAAGUCCCACCAAUGGUUUUCUCCCCAUGUGCUCCCACUUGCACAACCCUGUUUAGUACAGUCUCCUCUCCAAGGCCAAAGCUCUCUCAAGCCAUUCAGUGGCGUCAUAGCACCAAGAAUAAUUUCAGAGUUUCCUUCUGCCCCACUGAAGGUCACCAGCAGCCAUAGAACUCAGCUCACAGGCUGAGCUCCAGCUCAGUGAGCAAGAGAAGUACAGGGUUUUGCCCCAUACAGCCAUCGCAUCAUGCUCCAUCCACUCUAGGUCCAGAGAGAUUUGCAGCAAAGGGCUGCAAAAAGGCUACAACCAAAUGCCAUGAUGCAGGUUAACUGCAUGCCAUAUAGAAAUAUUUCUACAGUGCCUAGGCAUUACCACACACAACAUAGAUGAUUAUAUCAAUGCUAGAUCAAAUGUAACACGUACUUAUUGCAAUAUGGAAAGACCUGUAGUGCUGUAUCUUGUCUCAGAAAACACACUGAGAUGCCUGGCUUGGUGCUCCUCAGGAACAAUUUGCAGUCAAGCAGAUUAUGCAGAUGACCUGGGCUUUUCCACAGAAGCAAACCAGACUCACGUCCCAGCCUGAAUGUUCAGCUAAGUUAUCAGACUAAAAUGUGCUUCAGGUGCUGAUUACUGAAUGGCUCUGGAUCACUGCCCUAAUAUCUCUUUUCUGCAUGCACUGGCAAUAAUGUUUAAACUGCAAUGAAUACCACCUUGUACCUUACCCCAGACUUCCUUGCCCAGAGCCCUUUUCCCACAGUGCAGAGGGAAAGGCGUCAUUCCACUGCAGUGCUCAGCCCCAGAACUGAGCAGGGUGCAGCAGGUUGAGAGGGUGCAUGGGGAUGGAUGCUGCAAGGGCGUGGGUACUGCUGGCUGUCCCACUGUGUGGUAAUGGGCCGUGCUGGGGCUUUGCUAUGCUCUACUGAAGCUGAAGGGCAUUCCUGCCUCACAGGGCCAGGAUUUCAUCCAGGCUGCAUAACAGCUCAUGAGAUGAAGAGCUGCUUCCUUUCCUCCUCGUGAAUUGGCCUCAGACAACCCUAAUCACUGCCACGCAUGCCCAGCCCUGAGCUGCUGGGUGCACUGCAAGUGCAGAGCUCUGCUCCCGUGCCCCACUCUGCUGCCAUUCAGCAGCAUAGCCCCUCUGCAUCUGCCAUCCUGCUGCAUCGUCCUGCCAGCAACAGCCUGGACAUGCAGCGACGCAAGCAGGUCUCCAGCUGUGUGCAUCUGUAGUUAAACAUAUUUUAAAAUUAAUUUAAUAGUUUUUUUAAAACUAGCUGUUAAAUUAAUAAGAAAACCUGUACAAAUAUAUAUAUACACACACUUAAAUAUUUGUGUGUAUAAAUAUAUAUAUUUUAAUCUAGCCAAACUGCAGCCAAUGCAUUUUUAAGGGUCACAGGGUCAGUGCUGUUCUUGCAAUUUCAAGCUACCACAAGGAUGCCUUUUUAAAUAAUAAUUAUUAUUAUUUUAAUACCUUUCAACUCUAUUUAUGACUUUCUUCUCUAUUUAUUUCUUCUUUAGUAUUUCACUCCUGUCCAUACACAGAAUUGCAGUUCCCUGGCUGGGAUUUAGAUGCCUGUGAAGCUGCAAGUUUUUCACCCCUCCUCCCCAGCCAUGCUGUGUCCUGCAUGGUGCAGCACUGCAGCCUCAGCACCCUGAGCUCCCCUGCUCUCAAGCUGCCCUUUCCAGCCUUGCAGAGGGAGCAAAGGAGGCUGUCUUACAUUGCCCAGGGCUAGAAACACAUGAGACACCCCAGAUUUUGGGGCUAAGAAAGGCAAGCAGGGAGAGCAGCACAGUUUCCAACAGGGGCUGAUCGGUAGAUGCGUGCUGCAGGCUGCCAAGUGCUCAGAGCAGUUGUGCAUGUAUUGGCAGCAGCUGCAAACCAGUGGUGAACAUCCCACAGCUCCCCCAGUUGCUGUCCCCUCAGCCCUUUGACUCCUCUGAGCAUCUCCUGCUGUGCGUGCUGGAGCACAUCUGGCCCUGGGAUACGGGCAGGGGCACUGCAGUAAAGCCACCCGCACGGACACCGCUGUGCGUGAGGCGGCAGAGCUGCUGCACACGUGCGUGGCACCCCCUGCAGCACUCCCCUGGGGAGAGGGAUGCGGGGGGCACUUUGGCAACGGGGGCUUUCUGGGGGUGGGGAGGCCGGGUUCCAUCUCACAGAGCAGAGCAGCGCCUUGUAAAACGUUCUCCAAACAAACAAAGCCAAAAAGGUAGUUUCCUGGAAAAGGAUUUAAAAAACAAUCAGGCAGACACAGAGAUCUGUGUUUAUUUUGCUGCUCUGACUGACACAACAGAAAGCAAACAGACCGAAUUAGAAAUUAAACCCAAAUGGGAACAGGGGGAGGAAUUGGGCUGAAAGUCAUCCCCAGCCCUUGUUGGGCUGAGGAGGAGGCAGCCUGGUGCAGCCUGGCAACCCGCUAGCUCUUUGCUGGUGCCCCACUCCCCACAUUGCUAGGUAGGUAGGUAGAGCUAGGACUUUUGUACUACUGAUUUUUUGAAGGACAGUUUUCAAUGUGUAAUAAUAUAUCGGUUUAGGUGUGCAGUGUUUGAAAGAGAGACUGGGAGAAAGAAAGAAAACAAACCUCAAUCAAUAUUAUUGUUUUUGUUGUAAGAUAUUGUAACCUUGUAUAAACACAAACUUUUUUUUUUUUUUCCUUUAGCUUAAAGGCCUGGGGUAGAACGUAUUAAAACAAAAUUUAAAAGUUUUUAAAAGUUCAGGAAAAAAAAAAAAGAAUAAAAAAAAAUCAUUAAAAACAUUGCCAUGUGAGGUUUGUGCCAUGCAAUGUUAAUGCCUAUGCAGCCAUGUAUUAGCAGUUCAUUACAGUGGAACAUUAAAAAAAGAACAAACAGACUUGCAGCUUGGUCCUUUCCAUGUUUUUUUUUUCAAAGUAAGUUAUUGCACUUGCAGCUUCCAUUUUAUUUUGUUUGUUUGUUUGUUUGGGGGGAGGGAAGGGCUGGGAUUUCCGGGCACUAAUUUUUAUUUUUCCAGUUUUUUAAAGGGGUGCAAUUGCUGGGAAGGCCCCCGCUCCCGAGCCCCCGUGGCCGCGGAGGUACA